AUGAUUUGCAGUCCCUCGAUGUCAAGGCCGCCUCCACGCGUGGCAAUCACAGGGAGAUGCCGAAGGGGAAAGUGCAGCUCUUCGCGUACGAUCCUGCAUUUAUGCAAGGCGGCACUCGAAGCGACUGGAAGGUCCCCACAUCGUUCGAGCUUGACCACCGUGGCGCACUUUGAAGGUCGUCAUAGGUUCAAGGGCCCCGAGGCCUUUUCCAAGCCGCCUCCGUUGCUUGAGUCGAUGGGCGGCGUGGCGUCAUUUGAGCACCUGGGGCUGGCGCUGUCCGGGUGUCGUGGGCUGCAACGCCUCACACUUUAG